UUCAUCAUCGCCAACGCCCGGGUGGAGAACUGCGCGGUGAUCUACUGCAACGACGGCUUCUGCCAGCUGUGCGGGUACUCGCGGGCGGAGGUGAUGCAGAAGCCCAGCACCUGCGACUUCCUCCACGGGCCCCGCACCCAGCGCGGCGCCGCCGCCCAGAUCGCCCAGGCACUGCUGGGCGCCGAGGAGCGCAAGGUGGAGAUCUGCUUCUACCGCAAGGACGGCAGCUGCUUCCUGUGCCUGGUGGACGUGGUGCCGGUGAAGAACGAGGAUGGGGCUGUCAUCAUGUUCAUCCUGAACUUCGAGGUGGUGAUGGAAAAGGAGCGCCCGGGCUCGCCCGACAAGGACACCAACCACUGGGUCACCCCCGCCAACUGGUUCCCCGCAGGGCGCAGCAAGUCCUUCAGGCUGAAGCUGCCGGCGCUGCUGGCGCUGGCGGGCAGCAAGCAGUCGCUGCCGCAGGAGCCGCCUGACGCCAUCGUCGUCGACUUCUCCAAGCAGAGCAGCGAGUCUGGCCCCGAGGAGGCCACCUCCUCGCUGGACCCCAGCUGCCCGGGGGGGGCCCAGCCCGAGGACCAGGCGGCGCUGAUGGGGGACGGCCCCCCCGAGCCGCCCAUCACCCACUCCUCGCCGCGCGCAGACCGCCUGGCCCUGCACGCCGCCUUCUCCAACUGCAGCCUGGCGCGCAGCCGCUCCCGCGAGAGCAUCCACAGCGUGCGCCGCGCCUCCUCUGUCGACGACAUCGAGACCAUGAAGGGCGAGGGCGAGAAGCGCUGCCACAACCGCCACGCCAGCACCGGGGCCAUGAACAACGUCCGGAGCGCCCUGCUGAACUCCACCUCCGACUCGGACCUGAUGCGCUACCGGGCCAUCAGCAAGAUCCCCCAGAUCACCCUCAACUUCGUGGACUUCAAGGCGGACGCCUUCCUGGCUGCGCCGCCCGGCGAGAAGGAGAUCAUCGCCCCCACCAAGCUGAAGGACCGCACCCACAACGUCACCGAGAAAGUCACCCAGGUGCUGUCGCUGGGCGCCGACGUCCUCCCGGAGUACAAGCUGCAGGCGCCGCGCAUCCACAAAUGGACCAUCCUGCACUACAGCCCCUUCAAGGCGGUGUGGGACUGGCUCAUCCUGCUGCUGGUCAUCUACACGGCCAUUUUCACCCCUUACUCGGCCGCCUUCCUGCUCAACGACCAAGAGGAGGCCCAGCGCCACAACUGUGGCUACUCCUGCAGCCCCCUCAACGUGGUCGACCUCAUCGUGGACAUCAUGUUCAUCAUCGACAUCCUCAUCAACUUCCGCACCACCUACGUCAACUCCAACGAGGAGGUGGUCAGCCACCCCGCCAAGAUCGCCAUCCACUACUUCAAGGGCUGGUUCCUCAUCGACAUGGUCGCCGCCAUCCCCUUUGACCUGCUCAUCUUCGGCUCCGGCUCUGAGGAGACCACCACCCUGAUUGGGCUGCUGAAGACGGCACGGCUGCUGCGCCUGGUGCGGGUGGCCCGCAAGCUGGACCGCUACUCAGAGUACGGGGCGGCCGUGCUCUUCCUCCUGAUGUGCACCUUCGCCCUCAUCGCCCACUGGCUGGCCUGCAUCUGGUACGCCAUCGGCAACGUGGAGGGGCAGCGCAUCGGCUGGCUCCACUCCCUGGGCGACCAGAUCGGCAAGCCCCUCAACGCCAGCAACCCCCUCUACGGCCCCACCAUCAAGGACAAGUACGUCACCGCACUCUACUUCACCUUCAGCAGCCUGACCAGCGUUGGCUUCGGCAACGUCUCCCCCAACACCAACUCCGAGAAGAUCUUCUCCAUCUGCGUCAUGCUCAUCGGCUCCCUGAUGUACGCCAGCAUCUUCGGGAACGUGUCGGCCAUCAUCCAGCGCCUGUACUCGGGCACCGCGCGCUACCACACCCAGAUGCUGCGUGUCCGCGAGUUCAUCCGCUUCCACCAGAUCCCCAACCCGCUGCGCCAGCGCCUGGAGGAAUACUUCCAGCACGCCUGGUCCUACACCAACGGCAUCGACAUGAACGCGGUGCUGAAGGGCUUCCCCGAGUGCCUGCAGGCAGACAUCUGCCUGCACCUCAACCGCAGCCUGCUGCAGAACUGCAAGCCCUUCAAGGGGGCCACCAAGGGCUGCCUGCGCGCCCUGGCCAUGAAGUUCAAGACCACGCACGCUCCCCCCGGGGACACGCUGGUGCACGCUGGGGAUGUCCUCACCGCCCUCUACUUCAUCUCCCGCGGCUCCAUCGAGAUCCUGCGCGGGGACGUGGUGGUGGCCAUCCUGGGGAAGAACGACAUCUUUGGGGAGCCGCUGAACCUGUACGCGCGGCCGGGGAAGUCCAAUGCGGACGUGCGGGCGCUGACCUACUGCGACUUGCACAAGAUCCACCGCGAGGACCUGCUGGAGGUGCUGGACAUGUACCCCGAGUUCUCCGACCACUUCUGGUCCAGCCUGGAGAUCACCUUCAACCUGCGCGAUACCAACAUGAUCCCCGGCUCCCCGGGCAGCGACGAACUGGACAGAGGCUUCAACCGCCUGCGCAAGCGCAAGCUCUCCUUCCGCCGGCGCACGGAGAAAGGGGAGGUCGGGGAUGCUGCCAACGCCGGGGAGCUGCGGAGCGGGCAGAAGGCGCUGCGGCCGGGCAGGAGCUGCCAGGCACCCGGGGCACCGCGCGGGCCGGCCGAGUGGGAGCCCUGCCAUUCCAGCUCCCCCUCCAGCUCCCCCUCCAGCGAUGAGGAUGAGCCCCCCGCGCCCGGACCGGGGGCCACCGCGCUCUCCCCCUUCCGCAGCGCCCGCCUGGGCAGUGAGGCGCCUGCACCUGCCGAGGCCGAGGAGCGCAAGGGUGGCGACAUGUGCAACCCCCUCUCAGGAGCCUUCUCGGGGGUCUCCAACAUCUUCAGUUUCUGGGGGGAGAGCCGGGGGCGGCAGUACCAGGAGCUGCCUCGCUGCACCAUCCCGGCUCACGCCGCCCUCAGUAUCCCACUGCCGUCCAUGAGCCGCCGCCAGCGCUCCGAGGUGGAGACGCGCCUUGACCUGCUCCAGAAGCAGCUUAACAGGCUGGAGACCCGCAUGGCUGCGGACAUCAGCUCCAUCAUGCAGCUGCUGCAGCGUCAGGCCGCGCUGGUGCCGCCCGCCUACAGCACGGUCUCGUCCCCCCACCAGCCCCCCGGCCCCCCGUGUCCCCUGCAACCUGUCCUCCCCAUCACCCCCAUUCAGCCGCUCUCUCAGGUUCCCAGCUAUCCGGUGCCGCUGGAGCUGCCACAUGCCCCGGACCCCCGCAAUGAGCCGCCCCCGCCGCCAGACGUGGUGCUGCUGGUGGAGCCGGCGGCCGCCCCGCCGCGACGCCUCUCCCUGCCCGGACAGCUGGCCGGCGCGCCGGACACACAGACCCUCCAUAGACACUGCUCUGACCCCGGGAGUUAA